AUGGCCAGUUCCGGCAGCCCAAUGCCCAAGUCGCCAAGCUCGAGAACGAUAUGGACAGAAGAGGCGGUUGAUCGAAUACCUUUUAAGUAUGCCGCCUUUCUCAGCAGCCAAUAUUGCCACCGACUGGAACAAGAACCUUCCAAGGUUGCGUCUCUAGCCAAGUUGAAACUCGACUUGGAAUACACUGUUAUAUACAAUCCCAAAGGUAGUGAUCGUUUUCCUCCGCCAACAGAUAACGAGGAAAUCGGUCUGACCAAUGCUCGUCUGGGGAACACGUAUCAGAUUACCGUCGAAGAAGUCUCGGACUUCUUCAAGAAAGUCAAGGUCGAGACAGAUCACACCAAAGACCACAACAGCCGCAACAAGGAGAAUAAAGGAACCGAACGCAAGGUGCACAACAUCAUCGGUUUCGUCGUAUACGGAAGGAAUAGUACAAACGUCACAUUCGAAAAGGUCGUCGAUGGAAGGGCCACCAAUCCAGCCGUUCCACACUACUUCUAG